CCUGCACAAGAAAUGUACACAAGGAUAUUGGUUAUACAAGUCUGGGUCUUAGAAGACAGAUCCAGGUAGAAGACAGAGAUGGAGGAGACAUCAGCAUAAGUGUUGAAAUUGAGGCCAUGUGUGAGGAUAUCAAUGGGGAGACUGUGCAUACUGGAAUGGCCAUAGAGAAGAAUGUUAACCAUGUAGAACAGGCUGUAAUAGAAACAGUAAGAACAAACUUUCCUGAGACAUGGAUAUGGGACCUCGUCAGUGUCGAUUCCUCGGGUUCAGCAAAUCGUUCAUUCCUUGUCCCUGAUACUAUAACCCAGUGGGAGGCCAAUGUCUUCUGUGUGAAUGGUGAUGCAGGAUUUGGAAUUUCACCAGCAAUCUCUCUGGAAGUCUCCCAGCCCUUCUUCGUUGAAACUGCCUUACCCUAUUCAGUUGUUCGAAAUGAACAAUCUGAUUUGAUUGUCAGUGUCUUCAGCUACCUGACUACGUGUGUAGAGAUUUCUGUUCAGUUGGAAGCAUCUCAGGAUUAUGAAGCAAAUAUCAACACCCUGAAAAACAAUGGCAGUGAGAUUAUCCAAGCUGGAGAGAAGAAAACGUAUGUCUGGACUGUUAUACCUAAGAAAUUGGGUAAGGUGAAUAUCACUAUAGUUGCUGAGUCCAAAAGAAGUACUGCUUGCCCAAACAAAGCAACUGAACAGCAGAAUGUAAACUGGAAAGACACUGUGGUCAAAAGCUUGUUGGUGGAGCCUGAAGGUAUUGAAAAAGAAAUGACCCAGAGUUUCCUUAUCUGUACAAAAGGUGCCAAAGCCUCGAAGCAGAUAGUUUUGGACUUGCCAGACAAUGUAGUAGAAGGGUCUGCCAGAGGCUUUUUCACUGUUGUGGGAGACAUUCUAGGACUUGCAAUGCAGAAUCUGGAGAAUCUUCUUCAAAUGCCCUAUGGAUGUGGAGAGCAGAAUAUUGCCCUACUAGCGUCUGAUAUCUAUGUCCUUGACUAUCUGAAAUCUACCGAACAAUUGACGGAGGAAGUUAAAUCUAAGGCUUUCUUUUUCUUAUCUAAUGGUUAUCAAAAGCAGCUGUCGUUCAAAAACUUUGAUGGUUCAUUUAGUGUGUUUUGGCAGAAGAAUGAGGAAGGAAGCAUAUGGCUCAGUGCUCUUACUUUUAAGACAUUGGAGACAAUGAAAAAGUAUGUGUUCAUUGAUGAAAACAUUCAAAAACAGACCUUAAUCUGGCUUUCAAGCAAACAGAAAGGAAAUGGCUGCUUUGAAAGCGAUGGCAAGCUUUUCAACAAUGCCUGGGAGGGCAGAGAUGAAGAGGAUGUUUUACUCACUGCAUACAUUGUUGGAGCAUUCCUUGAGGCUGGGCUCAAUUUCACUUUUCCUGCUCUGCAAAAUGGGCUUUUUUGCCUUGAGGAGGCCUUGAAAAGUGGUGUCACUAAUGGCUACACUCAUGCAAUUCUAGCUUACGUUUUUGCAUUAGCUGAAAAGGAGGAGCAAGCGGAAUCCUUGCUCCAGACCCUGGAUCAAUCUGCUACAAAAAUAAAUAAUAUGGUAUAUUGGGAAAGAGAAAAGAAACCCAAGGUGGAAGAAUUCCCAUCCUUUAUUUCUCGGGCAUCUUCUGCUGAGACUGAAAAGACUUGCUAUGUGCUGCUGGCUGUCAUUUCCCGGAAGCUUCAGGACCUUACCUAUGCUAGUAAGAUUGUGCAGUGGCUCGCCCAACAGAUGAAUUCCUAUGGAGGCUUCUCUUCCACCCAGGACACUGCAGUCUGUCUUCUUGCCAUAACCCGCUACAUGAAGUUAACCUAUUCAAGUGGUCAAAACACUGUCACCUUCAGCAGUGAAGAAUCCAAUGAGAUUUUCCAGGUUAACAGUGAUAACCGUUUACUGGUCCAACGCUCAGAAUUAACAAAAGCCCAUGGACAAUACACAAUAGAUGUGGAAGGACAAGGUUGUACAUUCAUCCAGGCCACCCUUAGGUAUAAUGUGCUACUACCUAAAAAGACAUCUGGAUUUUCCCUUCACUUGGAAACAGUAAAGAAUAACUCUUCAGAUACAUUCCAGACUAAUUUUGGUCUCACAGUGAUCCUCAAAUAUACCGGAAUUCGCAAUAAUUCCAACAUGGUCCUUGUUGAUGUAAAAAUGUUAUCAGGAUUUACUCCAGUCAUGUCAUCCAUUGAGGAGCUCGAAAACAAUGGCUGGAUGAUGAAGACUGAAGUCAAGAAUGACCAUGUUCUUUUCUACUUGGGAAAUGUUUCUGGUACAGCAAAGAGUUUUACUUUUUCUAUUGAGCAAAGAAACUUCGUGUCCAACAUUCAGCCAGCCCCGGUCAUGGUCUACGAUUAUUAUGAAAAAGAUGAAUAUGCCCUUGUUUUUUACAACAUCAACAGUACUUCAGUUUCCCAGUGAGACAAAGCAAAGCACGGGAAAAG